AUGUUUCUCCCCACGCACCACAUGUUCCCCGUGCUCCUCACGGCCCUCCUCUCACUCACCUACGCCGGCGCACAAAUCCCACCAUCUUGGUCUACAAACUUUACGCCUGCCACGCUCAAGCUCGAAGCCACCUACUCAACCAACAUCCGCCUGACCUCUGGUAGCGCCGGCGGUAACCUCUUCACCAGCGAGGCCUCCACCCCGCCCACAUUCCGCCUCAGUGACGAGUCUGAUCUCUCCCCGGGCGCGCGAUACACCAUCCUCCUCCUUGACCCGGACACGCCGGCGCUCGGUGGGAAUGGCGACGAGUCAUAUCUCCACUUCCUGGGGACAGGUUAUGCCCUCCGCGACGGGGCAGCGGAUGCGGAUGCGAGGCAACUGAUCUCCGAGAGUAAGCCGAAGGUAGAGUACCAGGGCCCCAAAGACGCGGAUGAUGACCAUCGCUAUGUGGUGCUGCUGUAUGUGCAGAAGGAUGGGGCCGAGCCCGCGGUGGCGGAGACAAAGAGGGAGGAAUUUAGUGUUGAGAAGUUUAUGAAGGAUAGUGGUAUUGGGCAGCCGGUGGCGGGGCUGUAUUUUCAGACGGCGAAGAAUGGUACUGGGAAGAGGAGGAGGAGAGAUGAGGUUGAUGAUAGGAUGGCGGGGAUUGAGAGGGUACCAUUGGGAGUGUUAAGGAAGAGGGGCAAUCUGAGGGAUUUGGAUAGGGAGGUGAGGGGCAAUAUCGGGCGGUUGUGGCCAACAGGACUAUAUAGGAGGAAUGUGGUCAAGGGGCGUGACGAGGCGUGGAAGAAGAAGGUUGCGGGCUUGGGACCGCGGAAUGAGAAGAGGGAUCUAUUAGAGGAGCUCGACGAACACUGGAAGGAGAAAGUUGAAAUCCUGGAACCACAGAAACCAAAGCGACAGCUCAUCGAAGAGCAACAGAGUGAUGAGUGGAAACCGACUGUUGCGAGCCCGCAGUACUCAAAAAGACAACCGAUAGAUGAGCUCGAUAAUGCCUGGAAGGAGAGGGUUGCUGGUCUGGGACCACGGAACCCCAAGAGGCAGGCGAUAGAAGAGCAGCAGGGCGAUGAGUGGAAGCCGAGUGUCGCGGGACCACAGUACCCGAAAAGAGAAUCGAUAAACAAGCGUGAUGAAGCGUGGAAGCAAAAGGUUGCUGGGCUAGGCCCACGCAGGAAGACUCGUAGAAAGAGGAGAGGUCCGUUGGUGUAA